AUGAAUCUGAGCCACUACGAGGAUCGGAAAAUUGGAAGUGAUAACUUGAGUUGGUCGUGUCUCACCAUAUGUCAGAUGAUCGCGGAGGCCGUAAGGUUUCCCCCGAUACUCAAUAGGAUCUGCUUUGGGUUUGACGGGCCGGGCCUUGCAUUGAAUCGAAUGUUGGUGAAGUUCCAGACUAAUUAUGUCAAAAUGUGCAAGAAUCUGGCGGGUCAUUCGAUCAUUGAGAGGUUACAGUAUGAUCACAUGUCCCUAGUAGUUUUUAACUCGGUAGCAAUAAUGAAAGAGGUGGCCGAGAUGAUGCUGAUAAAUGAUGGGGAAAACACGGCCACCUCUUUCAUUAUUACUACCGAGUCGAAAACUACUAGGGGCAUGUGA